AUGACGAGGCAGGCCACGCGGUUCACGCCUGAAGUGCUGAUUUCGGCCCCGCGUCGUUCAACUGGAGUCCCAAACUCCACUGGGGAGCUCAUUCUCUACACCAUCUCAUCGUACUCAUUCGAGAGCCACUCCAAGUCGUUCCAGAUACGUGUUCUCAAUAUCAAAGAUGACUCUUCCCAUCUCGUUUCCGAGGACGCUCAUGUUAGCGAUCCUAUUUGGAUCGGAGAGAAAGAGAUUGCUUUGAUUAGAACAAAUGAUAAUGGCUGCUCAUCUCUCUACCAGCAGCAUGUCUUGGAUGGUUCCGAGGCACGCUUGAUCAAAUCUUUUGCAGGCAGCAUCUCUAACCCAAAGGCAAAAGCACUAUCUGAUGGCAAGGUUGCGUUCAUUUGCUCCGCAUUGACUACGCCCAAGGGCAACAUGUAUUGGCAGGCAACCGAGCCCAAGACAUACACAACUGCUAAGAUAUAUACCGACCUUUUCGUUCGGCACUGGGAUGCCUGGAACACCGAGAAUCAGAACUCGCUUUGGUACGGCGUGAUUACUAAGAAAAAUGCUAGAUGGGUGUUUGAGAAGGAUGGGCUCACAAACCUCUUGGCCGGUACGCAACUGAGCUCACCUGUCCCUCCUUUUGGUGGAGCAGGGGACUUUGACAUCUCAGAGAGUGGAAUCGCCUUCGUUGCUAAGGAUCCAGAGUUGAACCCGGCGAGAAACACCAAGACAGAUCUGUACUACGUACCCAUCAGGUCUUGGACAGACAAGCCUCCGCCGCCACAGAUCGUCAAGACUGGACGACUGCGCGGCUAUAGUAGUGCACCUACUUUCUCCAAUGACGGCAAGAAGUUGGCAUUUGCUAGAAUGAAGCACCAGCAGUAUGAAUCUGAUAAGACAAGACUGUUGUUGAUCCCCAACGUGGACGACUUGAGUAACGUUCAAGAGUUUUACCAGACAGACGAUGAUGAGGGUGGUUGGGAUUUGCGGCCUGAUUGGGUUGUCUGGAAAAAAGACGACACUGAGCUGUAUGUUGCGGCUGAGAAACAUGGGAGAUCAAUGCUUUGGAAGUUACCAUCUGAUACUCUCAAAGCUCGUGAUCUUCCCGAGGCUAUUCACAAAGAAGGGUCUGUCGUUGAGGCACAUACUCUGGAAGGCAGUGACUCUCUCUUCAUUACAUCCAAGUCGCGAAUCGAGAGCUCGAGCUACGGAGUCCUGGACCCGGAGACCAAGGUUGUCAAUGUGAUCUCCACCAGUUCCAAGAACGGCAAGACAUUCGGUCUCUCCACGUCUCAAGCCAGCGAGUUAUGGUAUCCUGGGUCCGCCGGCUAUGAUAAUCACGCUCUUGUUAUGUUACCCUCCCACUUCGACAAAAGCAAGAAGUAUCCUUUGGCCUUUCUAAUACAUGGCGGCCCUCAAUCAGCGUGGACAGAUGAUUGGAGUACUCGUUGGAACCCGGCCAUCUUCGCUGAGCAGGGCUAUAUAGCUGUGUGCCCCAACCCGACCGGCAGUACUGGAUACGGGCAAGCUCAUAUUGAUGCGAUUGCCAACCACUGGGGAGGUGCCCCAUAUGAAGAUCUGGUGAAGUGCUUUGAGUAUCUCCAGAAUCAUGUCGAUUAUGUUGAUACUGAUCGAGCUGUUGCUCUGGGAGCCUCAUACGGUGGAUACAUGAUUAAUUGGAUUCAAGGUCAUGAUUUGGGCCGCAAGUUCAAGGCCUUAGUGUGCCAUGAUGGCGUUUUCUCAACACAAAACCAAUGGUCGACUGAAGAGCUCUUCUUCCCCGAGCAUGAUUUCGGUGGAACAUUGUGGGAGAACCGCGCUGGAUAUGAGAAGUGGGAUCCGUCUCUGCAUACUGGCAACUGGUCCACCCCUCAGCUGGUCAUUCAUAACGAACUAGAUUACCGACUGCCCAUCUCGGAAGGAUUGGCCAUGUUCAAUGUCUUGCAGGCUCGUGAAGUGCCUAGCAAGCUCGUCAUGUUCCCCGAUGAGAAUCAUUGGGUGCUGAAGCCGGAGAACUCACUCGUUUGGCAUAGAGAGGUCCUGGAUUGGAUCAACAAGUACAGUGGCAUCGCAGAUGACGAAGCCAAGCUCGAGAAACAGACCGAGGAGAUGACUGUAUGA